AUGCAGAGGACAGCUAUGGUGUGGAAGGUGUCCCUGCUUGUAGGACUGAUUGUGCUAGGCACUCAUUUAUGGACCAUUGACAAAGAAUUCGUAGACAUUACUAAGGAUCUAGACUAUUUUGUGGCAUCAGUGGAGUUUGCUGUGGCUCAGUUCAAUGACAACAACCCAGAAGAGAACACAUACAGGUUGCUGGAAGUUGGGAGAGCCCAGAAAAAGACAUGGACAAUGAUUUUCUUAAUAGUUUUGGAGAUGGGUCGCACAAUUUGUAAGAAACACGAUAAAAACACGGACAAUUGCCCAUUGCUACAAGGCUCAGGAGAAAAAAAGGUGCACUGUGUUUUCCAAGUAGAUGCCCGACCUUGGUUUUCCCAAUUCUCCAUCCUGAAUAGCACCUGUGUGCCAGCAUAAGAGGCACAGGGACUCUGGCUACACAUAGUAUUCUUCCUUCCUUGAGAGUGUGACUAUCUGUAGUCCAAGGUCUGUGUGGUGCUAAUGCAAUUAAAAGCAUCUCACGGCAUCUUUUGAAUCCCUGAGCAAUGCUUAGGCUCUUCUAUAUUGUCUAUUUGCCAUGGAUACCAUUUUUAAAAAUAAGC